CCAACAGCUGGGGUUUCUGGAGCACAUAGUCCGCUUCCCUUUCUUCCUCUACGGGGCUGUCGCUUCCUCUCUCUCUCAUCUUAUCGAGACUUCUGACAAACAACAUGCACCGUGUCGCUCUCCUGAUCGCCUGUUGUGUGGCCGCUGUUGUCGCACGCCCACAGGCCGCAGCCGUCACACCCAUACCCAUCCUGGUGGACGAAAGGGUACCCAUCGACCAGCUGGGAGGAUAUGGGUUCAGGAUCCAAACAGGAAACGGCAUCGCCUGGCAGGAGACCGGGGCCGCCAGCGGACCCCUAAACGCUAACACCAAGUCGGGCCAAUAUACCUUCACCCACCCCGACGGCACCCCCCACGUCCUCUCCUACACCGCGGGCGUGGGCGGUUACCAAGCUGUGUCUGACCUCAUCCCUACACCUUACCCCCUCCUCCCUUGGCAGAUUGAACAGGUCCGUUUUGCUGAAAGCCAGAAGGCGGCUCAGGCAGCUGCAGCAGCUUCAGCGACUGCCUAGAUUUCAGGAAUAAGAUAACUGUCUUUGUGUUGUUAAUACUCAGUCAUUUUAUUUUUUACUAAGGUUUUGUUACUUUGUAAAUGUAAAUAAAUAUUUGUCUUGA